AUUUUUAUCAAAAUUAAUGUCGCUCUAUUCUAGUACGUUCUUCGUGUUUCUGGUCACACCGUGUAAUUUCCCUCGACAGUCUCUUUGAUUUCCCAAUUUAUGAUGAACAGCUACUGCUUGUAGCCUCUCUGCUUCUGCUUCUGCGCCCAAUUUCCAUAAAUUCUUUUCAAAAAGUCUGACAGAUUACUCGAAAUAGCCCAACAUUAACCUAGAAACCUAAGAAAGAGAAAGAGGGAAGACUGAUGGACGCAGAAACGCGUAAUAAAAUCGAGGAGACGGUUUUGGAAAUCCUUAAGAAUUCAAACAUGGACGAAACCACCGAAUUCAAGAUCCGCAAAUCCGCCUCCGAGAAGCUGGGAAUGGACCUCUCCGACCCCGCCCGGAAGAAGCUCGUCAGGGAGGUUGUGGAGUCGUACCUCACCGAACAACAGGCCAAAGCGGAGGAGGAAGAAGAAGCCGAAGCGGAAGAGGAGGAAGACGGCGGUAGAAACAAAGGCGAAAAGGAAUACGAUGACGAGGGCGGCCUCAUUGUUUGCCGCUUAUCUGACAAGAGAAGAGUGACACUAUCUGAGUUUAGAGGGAGGACUCUGGUUUCAAUUAGGGAGUAUUACAAGCGAGAUGGCAAAGAGCUUCCAUCGGCCAAAGGAAUAAGCUUGACAGCUGAACAGUGGGCCUCCUUCAAGAAGAAUGUACCUGGCAUAGAGAAGGCCAUCAAGAAGAUGGAGUCUAGAUGAAGUACUCGUUUCGUUCUUCAGUCUGAGCCACCUUUUGGAGUCGAGAUGGAGCACUCGUUUCGUUCUUCAAUCUAAGAGACCUUUUCUUGAUCUCCAUCUUUAGGAGGAGUUUGGUACACUUGCUUUUGGAACUACUACUAAUGAUAUUAGUAAAUAUUAGAUGCCAUUUUGCUCUAGAGACUCGUCUAAGCUUAUGUAUCGUUCCCUCCUAAAAAUCGUUUUGUUGAAAGAACAAGAGAUGGAGCUUGUGAUAUACCAUUUGUUGCAAACUGCAUUUUGCACUUGGAAAAA